AUGAUGGCACAUGCUGAUUUCAUAUAAUUCAAGGCAGCUAGAUCCCAUUCACAAUACAAAUUAGAGAAUAUUGACUUCGAUGACUUUGCUUACAACUUAAAUAAAACUAUAUACAAUUUUUAAAUGUCUCAAUAAGGAAAAACAAUAGAUAAAAUUUCUAAAUUUAGAAGGGCAAAGAGUUUUUUAGAAGUAAAAAACCAUGGAUCUACCAAUGCUCUCUAUUAAACUUUUAGUCGAAGUGCUCCUGGGUUUGAUGAAAUUGAAACUAAAGAACUUAUGGAGCUUAUACUCCAGUUAGAAUAUUUAUUCAUUCUCUACCACAAAUUCUAUCCUGAUCAAAGUAACCCUAUUUUGCUCACAUCUUAUCUAAAUUGUUUAGCUUACAACAAAGAAAGUAUAUAAUUAACUAUCUUAUAGAAUAUUUCGAUAAUUAUACAAACGACAUUUCGGAAACCCUCCAAAUGUCAAUUUUACGUAAUUCUUAAUAAAGAAUUAUUGAUGAAAAAACUGACGAAAACUUAUUAAAAUUUUUAGUCAAUGAGAUUAAUAGAAGGAAUAAAUAUAAGAAAAAUAUGUAACUUAUCAGAAAUGAUUUAAAUAAAUUUUAAAAACUUUAACAAAACUACGAAAUAUAACGAAAAACUAAAUAAUUAGAACAUACGAAAUCUAAUAUGUUAGUGGCUUCAUUAAAAAUAAUAUUUUAAAAUGUAAUAUAUAAACUUAUAAAUAGGAAUAAAACCACUCAGUUAUAGUUAGAUUUCCAUUAAUUGAUAAAAAUAAGUCUCUAUGUUUAGAUUUUGAAAAGUUACUGAAGUAAGGUGAUAUUCAUGAUCUAUUUUAAUAAUGGAAUCAUUACAUAGAUAUAACAUCUUCUCAUUCUGAAAUUACAUUAUUAAUCUCAAUAAUUUAAGACCUUUUUUAAGAAGAUAGUUGGAUAAUCAAAUCAAUAUUAGAAUAAUUAUAAGAUGAAUCUAUCAUUUAUACUUAAAAAAUAAUCUUAUAAAUAGGAGCCUUAACAUAAUUUUGCCCUAAAUGUUUAACUGUUAUGGAUAGAAGCCAUAAAGAAAUUGCUACACUAUUAUAAUCUAAACUAUAACAAUAGUUAUCAAACUUUUAGAUUAAUGAUAAUUUAAAUAUUCAAAAACAAGUUAUGAUUAUUCAAAAUUCUCAAGAAGAAUUGUAGAAGGAAAAUUAAAGACAUUGUUUAGAAAAUUCUUUAUUAUAAUUAAAUUAUCUAAAAAUGUGUAUAAUUCCUUAAGGUUUGAUGAGCUAAUUGUUUUUCAUUCAUAGAUAUAGUGAUGAUGGUAAUCAAAUGGAAGAAGAAGAAGAAGAAUAAUCAAAUUUUACUUAAGAAAAAUAAAAAGUUGAUUACCAAUAAUAUCUACAAUUAGAAAAUAGCCCAACUAAAUUUAAUAGAUAAUUUGUUAGAUAAGCAUCUAGAAGAACCAGUUUAAUAAGUUUUGGCUAUUCUGAAAUGUAGGCAGAAUAUUAAAAUUUUGAACCAUUAAGACAAAAACUUACAGAUAUGAAACUUCAUUCUACUGUUUAUAUGGAUAAUGUGGAUAAAAAGGAAUGGAAAAAAUUGUUUGAUAAAAUUAAAUAGGAAAAAAUUAAAAAUUAAGAUUUUAUAAAAACUUAAUCCAUUUCAUCUAAUACAUCAUUCGAAAUGAAUUGUAAUGAUGAAAAAUUUUUGAAAUAAAUGAAAAUCUUCUUAUAAAAUCAAUAAAUGAGAAGAUAAUGAGAUUUCAUAAACGGG